UUUGAAGCAUUUCUUGGUGACAAAAGGUUGAAAAAAUUGAGUAGACUACUGGUAUAUAUUGUCUCAGGAUGUAAAUUAUUGUCAUCAUCAGGGAAUACAAGAUUAUCUGAUAUUCUUCUUUUAGCCUUUGCAAUUUAUACCGUGAACUCAGAUGAUUUAUCUUUUUCGAGAUCAGUUUCCAUUCAUGAAGAAUGGCAUGCAAUUCUUCAGAG